CAUCCAAAUGGAAAAUUGCAAAAACUAAACUAGUACUUUAAAGGUGCACAUUCCCAAACGAAAUCUGUCAAAUAACCUCCAAAAACAACUGGCACACAAUGAACCAGGGACUUUUUGGGGCCCCUAGAGGUCUGGGGCCUCGGACAGUUGCCAGAUUUGCAAUUAAGGCUGGUAAUCAACUCCUGCCAACAGUAUGCUGUCUGUUUUCGGGUGGUUCUGACAAGGGGAGCUUACAUUAUCUGUUAAACAAGCGAAUGGGAAGCAUCACAUAAAGCUCUCCCUGGAGCCCUGUGCGGCCUUGCUGCAGGGGGUAAUGAUCUUUUAUUAACUGUGAAAGAAUGGACUCUAACAAGGUGGCUGAACUACUCCUCCCGGUGUAAACCUCUCAUCGCUCGAUAAUGACAAUAAAGAGACCGAGUGAAGCAGAAAUGUGACAACACUUUGUUAAGAGGCUUCAGAGCAGUGACAGCUCCAGGUUUGCCCGUGCAGGGGCACCAGGACGGAGGAGGAAACCCCGAGGAUCAGGGCCUCCUGUCCGGAUGACACCAGCAGGAGACAGCCACACCGCUCUCCAUAGCUAGCAUUGGCUAAGCUAACAAAUGUCUUCCCUGAAUUCGAAAUAAUUUUAAAUGGAUAUCUUGUUUCAAACAACUUUAUUUGAGGUGUGUGGGACUGGGACUUGUUAAGGAGUUUGCUGUCACCGGAUGGACGGACAACAUCCUUUCUAGGACGGUGAAAACUGCGAAAGGUUCUCCAGGCAUGAUGGAAGGACUUCACAGCCAGGCUUUAAGCCUGGACCCACGCAGGCAGGAGCUGCUUGAGGCUCGCUUCACUGGAGUUGGUGUGACCAAGAGUUCAGCCAACAGUGAAUCAUCCAACCAGUCUCUGUGCAGCGCGGGAUCUCUCAGUGACAAGGAACUGGAGACACCUGAGAAGAAGGCCAAUGACCAGAGAAGCAGGAAGAGAAAAGGAGACAUCUAUGACAGCAACAGUCAGGGAAAAGGGAGAGGGCAUAAAAUAAGUGAUUAUUUUGAGUUUGCUGGUAGCAGUGGCUCUGGCACCAGUCCUGCCCGGGGCAUCCCCAUGCUGGUGCGCUCCUCUCCACAGCACUCACUGUCUAAUCCUCUGUUUCAGCACGGCAGUCCUUCGUCCACAGGCUCAGCCCACACAGACUCUUCAUCUUGCAGCUCUGUUAAGACAGCCCCGACACACUCCUACUCACACAAAGCCAUCCAGUCAGAACUGACGCUGCUGAAACUGACAGCACUGGAGAAGGACAAGAACUCUGACUUGGAGAAGAAAGAGGGGAGGAUAGACGACCUGCUGAGGGCUAACUGUGACUUGAGGCGGCAGGUAGAUGAGCAGCAGAAGAUGCUGGAGCGCCACAAGGAACGACUUAACAAGUGUGUGACCAUGAGCAAGAAGCUCCUAAUCGAGAAGUCAAAGCAGGAGAAGAUGGCUUGCAGGGACAAGAGCAUGCAGGACCGCCUGCGUCUGGGCCAUUUCACGACUGUACGGCACGGAGCCUCCUUCACUGAGCAGUGGACAGAUGGAUAUGCCUUCCAGAACCUCAUCAAGCAGCAAGAGCGAAUCAACUCGCAGCGAGAGGACAUUGAGAGGCAGAGAAAGCUGCUGGGAAAGAGGAAACCUCCCUCCAUGGCCCAGACGCCUCCGCCCAGCCUUGAACAGAACAAACGAAAGAGCAGGAGCAACGGCCAGGAGAAUGAAGCGUUGUCACUGGCAGAAUAUCAUGAGCAAGAGGAGAUUUUCAAACUUCGAAUUGGUCAUCUAAAAAAGGAAGAAGCAGAGAUCCAGGCAGAGCUGGAGCAUUUGGAACGAGUGAGAAAUCUACACAUUCGAGAGCUGAAGAGAAUCCAUAACGAGGACAACUCGCAAUUUAAAGACCACCCCACACUGAACGACCGAUAUCUGCUAUUACACUUGCUUGGAAGAGGUGGCUUUAGUGAAGUUUUCAAGGCUUUUGAUUUGACGGAGCAAAGGUAUGUUGCCAUUAAAAUCCAUCAACUCAACAAGAACUGGAGGGAAGAAAAGAAGCAAAACUACCACAAACAUGCCUGUAGAGAGUACAGAAUCCACAAAGAACUUGACCACCCUAGAAUAGUCAAACUCUAUGACUAUUUCUCUCUUGACACAGACUCGUUCUGCACAGUGCUGGAGUACUGCGAAGGCAAUGAUCUGGACUUCUACUUGAAGCAGAAUAAGCUGAUGACCGAGAAGGAGGGCCGCUCUAUUGUCAUGCAGAUUGUCAACGCCCUCAAGUACCUCAACCAGAUUCGCCCGCCCAUCAUCCACUACGACCUCAAGCCCGGAAACAUCCUGUUGGUGAAUGGCACAGCUUGUGGAGAGAUUAAGAUCACUGACUUUGGCCUGUCUAAGAUCAUGGAUGAUGACAGCUACAACUCUGCAGAUGGCAUGGAGCUGACCUCACAAGGAGCAGGGACCUACUGGUAUUUGCCUCCAGAGUGCUUUGUGGUGGGUAAGGAGCCCCCCAAAAUAUCCAACAAAGUAGAUGUUUGGUCAGUAGGGGUCAUCUUCUACCAGUGCUUAUAUGGACGAAAGCCGUUCGGUCAUAACCAGUCGCAGCAGGAUAUCCUUCAAGAAAACACCAUAUUAAAAGCCACUGAGGUGCAGUUUCCCCCCAAACCUGUGGUCACCACAGAAGCAAAGGCUUUCAUUCGACGUUGCCUGGCUUAUCACAAGGAGGACCGCGUUGAUGUGCUGCAGUUGGCCAGUGACCCCUUCCUAAUGCCCCAUAUUCGAAAAGCCCUGGGCAGCAACACACCACUGGCAGCUCCUCUUCCCUCCACCUCCAGCUGCUACAGCAGCAGUGCCUCCGAUUGAAGCGAGCUGAAAAAAAGAAACUGGAAUAAAACCCCAGCAAGGACAAAGCCACGCGGAGACAUUUACACACUUGAUGAAAUUCCUCUUUUGCUCUCGAUUGCGAGAGAGGGGAGCAAAGAGCAUGAUGGGGUGUAGGGAUCCUAAAAGUGUGAAUGGAACCAAAAUGAUGGAUGGCGUGGUGAUGUAGUAGUCAACGGGCCCACCACCAUCAUCCAAGUGGUUAAAAUGAAGGGCCAUUCUCUGGCUGUGGGCUCAGUAGAACCCAAAGAUUUGCCCAUAUGCAUGCACUAACACAAAAACUUUGGCUCAUUUCAAGGGGCUUUUUUACAUGAUGAAUAGUAAAAGCACCCAAAAAAUUGCACAAGUGACAGGCUGAGAAGUAUGCCAUAUGUGGAAGACCACCUGCCUGUCCUCUGGAAGGUUUAGAAGCAUUGUUGAAAUUUCAUUGCAUUCUGCUUGAAAUAUAUCAUCUAACAAACUAUUUUUCAGAACUAGUGGUCACUUUUAAAUAUGUAUCCCUAUAAGGUUUGAAUCUGGGACUUUUAGGAAGGGCUUCUAUAAGUAAUAAGGAAUGACUGAUGACCAAAGUUCAAGGCCUGCCUUGUUGACAUGGCACCAUUCGAGGUUCACGUCUUGACACAGAAGAGGGCUGAUUCUGGAAAGAGUAACUGGUUUUGACCUAUUUUGAAUAUUUUACUGGAUAACUGGAAGUCAGCUUAUUAUUUUAAUUGUUAAGUCCAUAUUUUUCCAAGAAAUGUACCCCCUGUAAUGUUUUUGUUAACCUUAUAGGGGGGCUGACUAUGAGUGAGUGUUGUGAUGAGAGUUAAGAUUCAACAGAAAUAAUUAUGAAACCAUUAAAAAACAUUUGGUUAA